AGAAGCACACGCAAUGAAGAUCGGAAUAAUAGUUUGCGAUGGUAACGAGAAAUGGAUAAGCUGCAUCGAAACAAUUUGCACUAGCUGCUUCAAACGAAAUGGAGAUGCUGACCUGCAGUUCUAUCACGCGUGGAAAGGGCAGCUUCCGACUCUAGAAAACACGAAACAUCUAGAUGGUCUGAUCAGCCUUGGGUCGGCUCACAUGGUCAGUCGUAGUGACAAGUGUGAUUGGAUGGUGGACCUUUCGAACUUUUUCUUGGCAUUGGAGGACUCUCAUGUUAAGCUGUUGGCGAUAUGUUUUAGCCAUCAAUUGGUCAACAAAGCUUAUGGAGGAGAAAUGGGGGUUUCGAAAGGUGGUUUUAUUUUCGGGGUGGAUGAUAUAAAGUUCCGAAAAAGUGCAGUGUUACCGGAAAGAGUAAAAAGUUUAAUCGAAAAGCACCAGAAUGGUGGGGAGCAGUUGGAAUGGAGCCUUCUGCAAAGUCAUAAAGAAGAGGUAAGUUCGCUCGGCGAAGGAGCAGUACUGUUGGCCAGCUCUAAGCGCUGUAAAAACGAGAUAGUCCUCGUUCGAAAUAACAUUCUGAGCAUGCAGAGUCAUCCAGACCUUACACCUAAACUUAUGAUGGACAAGAUUUGGCCUGCUAUCAUUCGAAAAGGGUUUGUAAGCUCUGAGUCGGAAAAGGAAGUCCGUAGAGAGAUGAAUGAGGUUGAUACUGCCAGAAGUUUGGACUUCAUAAGAGACUUUUUUAGGAGCUGAGAAACCAUGCGAUAGGAUAACUUUUAAAUCGAGUGAUAAGUGCCUUGCCUGUUCUUAUAAUUACAGUGCAAUUAAUCUUAAAUAAAAUUCGAGUAU